UACCUUUGUCGCGAGCCGGUCCUCCACAACGUUGUUCGCGAGGUCGCGCUUGGGCUCCAAGAGGGCUGAGCGCGUGUCCUUCGGAGUCUGAGUGGCCGGAAGGAGGGCGGUGGAGGGCCUCCGGGUGGAGGACACCGGGCUCCCCAGCUAUACGGUCGCGCGCGUGUUCCCGGGCCUCGGGGUGGACUAGAGCUGUGGACCCCCGGCCCCUAGUGCGUUCGUCGCGCCAUUUUCCCACGGUCGUCACUUGCGCCGGCGGGGAGGAAGUCACCAUGGAGCCUAAGGGCAGAGGGUCACUUUCUGAGAAUUCAGACCUUCCCCAUGCUGGAAACCCAAAAGAAAAUGGCCUGACCUCUGUGCUGCUGACCCCUGCAUACCAGGAGUCGAUGAUCAGGGAUAUGGCUGAGGCUCUCACCCAGUGGGGGCAGCUGAACACUCCUCAAGGAGAUGUGCCUGAGAAGCAUAGGAAUCUGGUCUUGCUGGGGCUUCCAAUUUCCAAGCCUGAUGUAAUCUCUCAGUUAGAGUGUGGGGAGGAGCUGGAGAGAGAAGUCUCAAAAGCAACUAGUCCAGGUGAGUGA